CUUGCCUACUUGCCUACAUAGAGCGGAGAGGAAAGAGAGUCCGUCCAUAUUACAGCUGCUGUUUCAGCGGUUUCUGUGGUGAUGGACCCUCCCGGCGGGCGAGACGAGCGUCAUCGUCAGGCGGAGCGCCUUCGGCGGGAGGAGGCAUACUAUCACUUCAUUAACGAAUUGAGUGAGGAAGAGUACAGACUAAUGAGAGAUAGCAAUCUACUGGGAACUCCUGGGGAAGUCACCGCAGAAGAGUUGAGGCAGCGUCUGGAUGGUGCAAAGGAGAGAGUGUCUUCUCAGCCACACCCUGAACCACGCCCACAGAACAGUGAGGCAGAAGGCAGUAGUGGUGCCAUUGAGCCAGGUGCGGAGACCUCUAACGGAGACUCCCUGCUGGAGUGGUUGAACACAUUCCGGCGCACGGGAAAUGCCACACGUAGCGGGCAGAGUGGCAACCAAACCUGGCGUGCUGUCAGCCGCACAAACCCUAACAGUGGCGAGUUCCGCUUUAGUCUUGAGAUCAACAUCAAUCACGAGCAGCCCGAGCCUGGAGAACACAGUGACACACCUGACCCCUCUGAACUCCCAAUGCCUCCACCCCCAGUGUCGCCUGCAACUGUACCCACGGCCCCAUACAGCCCCACAAGAUCUACACCUUACUCACUUCAACACCCUGCUCCAUUCUCUACUACAGCCAGGCCCACUUUGGGAAGGAGGGCUGCAGUGCGUCGUAGUAGUAGCAGCUCGGCUCCACCUAUAAUGCCUCCUUUGACAGCACAGGCUCCUUCCACAGCUCUGAGGAGGAAUCUGCCCCCUUUGCCAAGUCCUUCCCCUCCACAGGCUCCUCUCACCUCUCAGUCACAAGAGCAGGAUAGUGGUGCUAUAAGGGGUCAAAUACAGGUCACAACGUCUUCAAUUAAUGCUGAGGAAGGUCAAAAUGGGAAUGAAGGCCCAGGCUGCCCCAACCCUCUGCCUCAGCCUGGCCCCCAGGUGGCACCAGCUGGGCGUGAGCCGCGAAACAGUAGGACUCGUUCACGUGGCCGUGUCCGGAGGGCAGCAGGAGGAGGUGGGGCUUCAUCUCGCUCCUCAAGACGUAGCCGCUCCCCACUGGACAGAAAUCCUCCCCCCAGUGUUAACCCCAUCCAUAGCAGCAACACUCCCCAAGUGGAGGCCAAUGGAAGUACAGCUGUUCCUAUGGAGAUGGGUGAAGCUACUGUAGAGCCGGCUGCACCUACGGAAUCUCUCCCAGAGGCAGGUGAGGAAGAGGGCGAGACACCUGCAUCAGGUAAUGGAGGGGUGCGGCGCCACCCCACAAUCAUGCUGGACCUCCAGGUGCGGCGUAUCAGACCAGGCGAGAACCGUGACAGGGACAGCAUUGCCAGUCGUACGCGUUCUCGGGCUCGCGCUGCUGAGAACACGGUUACUUUUGAGAGCGACAGUGGAGGCUUUCGCCGUACCAUCUCCCGCUCAGAACGCGCAGGAAUCCGCACUUAUGUCAGCACUAUACGCAUCCCGCUACGGCGCAUUUCUGAGACAGGCCUAGGCGAGCCCAGCUCCACAGCACUGCGCUCCAUCUUGCGGCAGAUCAUGACUGGCUUUGGCGAGCUUAGCUCCCUCAUGGAGACAGAAGCGGACUCAGAGACUGCUGUGCCCAACCAGGACUCUGCUCCAGCAGCCAGAGCCCAGGCAUACCGUGUAAAUAGCAAUGAGGGCGUUACAGCCCACAGUGUGGUGGAAUCAGCUGAAGAGGUUUUAGUGGAAGGCGAGGAGGAAGGGCAAGUACGGGUGAGUAGAACUGGGACAGAGGGACGGCCUAGCAGUAGAGACACUAACAAUCUAGUGGAGAACGGCACGUUGCCUAUCCUGAGGCUGGCACACUUUUUCCUACUCAAUGAAGAUGAAGAUGAGGAGCACCCACGGGGCCUCACCAAAGAACAGAUCGACAAUCUUGUCACACGCACUUACGGUCAGGUCAACCUGGAGGGUGAGCAGGGCCGCGCUUGCAGCGUCUGCAUCAAUGAGUAUGCUCAGGGCAACAAGCUGCGUCGAUUGCCCUGUGCCCACGAGUUCCACAUCCAUUGCAUUGAUCGCUGGCUAUCUGAAAACAACACUUGCCCCAUUUGCAGGCAACCUAUUCUGUCCAGCCAUCAGGAAUGAUGUCAGGCUGUCACUUUCAAUUAGUGGGUACCUGUAAAUAGUGCUUCAAUGUUUUCAUUCUCUGAGAUCCAUUGUAUUCAAGCUAAAGGUAGAACCAAAAGCAGAAGAAUUACUAUAAUGCAGAGAUUUAACAAAGCUUUAUUUUUUUAGACUCCUUUUGUUUCCUGCACUUGUUUAAAUUUUUUCCUCUUCCAUUCUCUCCAUGAUCUCGCCAUUAUGGAUUGUAGGCAUAUUAUUAACAGACAGUGUGACUAACUCAGAAGGAGUUAUUAAAGAUAGCUUCAGCUAAUUCUGUCCCACUUUAAGUUGAUUUUUGGUGGCUCAAAACAGGAAUUCUACAGAUAGACUUCUACAAACUCUUUAAGUACAUGUAAAUAUGUGAAUGUCUGUGUUUAGAAAGAAACUUAAGCUCCUGGUUUAAUUUGCAUAAAAAAAAGAAACUUUACAUUUAUGUGCUUGCUGCAGAAUUCAUCAUUUUGAAGCUUUUAUGACAGUCCUUGUAUGUUGGGCAAGUUAAUUUUAAAUGCGUUUUCAAUCAAAGCAGGUUUUAAGUGUGACUUUUAUGGGGUCGAUAAGAAAAGGUAUGGGAUAUAUCUGGACAGAGAUUAUGUUUGUCAGUACGGUUUCUCUUUGAGUCCAGUUUUAUAGGGAUUAGUCCUUAUGAAACUCUAAUAACUGCAUCUGCAUCUUUACAUUAAGGGUCAACUGCAGCAAGCUCCUCCACCAACACUACACAACACAGUAAUUUUAUAAGCGUGGUCAAUAUUUUCCCAACAAUAUUUUCAUAUGCUUUCCAUUUUGAGUGUCAUUACAUUUCUGAUUUGAACAAGCCAUUUACUACAGCAUUUUGGAGUGCAGAUCGGAUUAUAUGAAAUUGUAUGACCUAGGAAGUGCAUGCUUGAUUUGUCUUUGGUUUACCUGUGCUUAAACAUGAUAAAGCCCCUUCAUCAUCCAGCACAUAGUUCACAAUUUUUUUAUGUCAGGUGAGAAUAAAUUUAAGCUUUUAUCCUAAAGUGCUUGUCAGCAGCUGCCCCAUAGGUCAGUACAAUCAAGCCUGUCAUAGGCCAGAAUUACAUGAGAAGUUCAAUGGGCAUUGAAAGAUACUGAUUGGUAGUUAAAUAUUAAAAACCUAUGUUUUUUAUUUAAUAUGUUUUCCUACUUCUUACCCCUCUUAUGUAACUACCUUUAUUGUUUUUAUCAUCAUGUGCCCCAUAUCAUACACACAUCAUGAUCCUUCCUCUGGCCUGCCCUGAUCACAUUCCCUUCGUGCACGAGUAUUUUAAUGUACAGUGGUUUCACUUAUUGGGCUUGUCUGAAAGCCCAGCUUCCUCCAGUCACCAUUUUGUACCAAUCAUGCAAUGUUGCUCGUUCCCCACAUGAAGCAGAGUGUGAAGUAGGAGUCCUGAAUGAAAGAUGUAGUGGUACCUUAUUCUCUUAAAGGUGCACUUUCCCUCAGUAUACAAAAGAUGUCUAUGUUUCAGGAUCUCAGUUAAAACAAAGACAAAUCUGUUAUUAAAAAGCUCUCCUCAAAGUUUUUGAUUUCUUGUAUAUUAAAAUAUCCCUUUAUUUUGUCUAUUUGUUUUGAGGAUGUGUGUAUGUUAUAAAAGAAGUGUGAAUUCAAAAAUUCUAAGUAUGUGUGUUCCAAAUGUGCGUGUAUAUGUCUGUUGAAUGCUGAAUGGAAUAGAAUGGUUUUCGAGGCGUUGUGUAA